UCUCACUAAGGCCACAACUGAAGUUUUUAAAGUCACCUUGGUCAGUCAGCAGCCUAAGGGCAAGGCCAGUCGAUGCCUUAAAACUGGCUCUGCGACGAAAAGCCCUGUCCACAGUGCCGAUCUACCCGUCCCCUUUGUCUAUUGUCUGGUAUAGGGGUAGUCAGCCAGUGGGUUGGACUACCUGGUGUGAGGCAAGAGGUGGGGGGCAGAGGAUGGCAGAGAGAAGUUAGACACCUAUACUGCAAACUCUGCUGGUCAGUCUCAGUCAUGAACAUUGCCUUAUACAGAAAAGAGUAAGACAGGUACUGUGAGGAGAAGUAAAACAGGGCAGAAUGGUGAGGUGCUGGAAGCAUUCAGAAGCCGGUCUGGAGGACCCACAGUGCAUGCACUGUGGUCCCAUCAGCUCCUCCAGGGUUCCUCACAAAGUUCUUUGGUGCAGUCUGGCUGCCAUGCUGCUCAUUGUUAUCAUUGCUCUCAGUGUGACGGCACAUCUAGGGCUUCAGCAUAAGACACAAUCUUCACUGCAGGUCGUCAGAAUUCCCGAUCACAUGGGUGACUUGAUCAAUCAGUCGGCUCUGAUUGACAAGCACAACAAUGUAGUGACCUACUCUGUGACUUCCCAUGUCAACUAUACCUCUACAGUGAUUUUUGACAUGAGACAUGGGUUGGUAUGCUAUAAACCUGACAACCAGGACAGCUGCUUUCUUCGCCGGAUGGAAAGUUUGGAUUACGAGAAUGUGCAAUCUCAACUAAACAAGUCAGAGCAACAGGUCCGUCAGGUCUGGGUGGUGGGAAAUCAGACUGAAAAACACACAGAGUUUUUGGGAGUGCUGCCCAGCAGUCGUGUUGAAGCUUCCACCCUUCAAGAACCUCUUCAGUCCCUCUGUCAGCAGGCCUCUGUGUACUGGACUAGACGAUCUGAUGGUCCCGGGAAACAAAGACUUAUUUACUUCUGCAUCGACAUCUGCUUUCCCAGCAACAUUUGUGUUUCUGUGUGUUUCUACUACCUGCCAGAGUGAAAUUCCACUGACGGUGUACCAGCAUACGCCAGGGA